AUGAGCUCGCAGACGCUGGCUUUCCACCAUGCUUCAAAGCCCAUCUCCGUCAACGAGUUCCGCGAUGCCGUGCUGGCAACAUGCCGGCCGCGGUUCCCUACGGCUUAUUAUGCCCGGCCACAGCGUAUAGCCCUGGCUGUCAGCGGAGGCGUAGACUCAAUGGCAAUGGCAUAUCUCUUCUCGGCCCUCCUCAGGGUGUACAGGGGCAUCAAGAUAGCUGACAACCCCACUGAGAGUGCCUUUGGUAUUGUUGUUGACCAUAAGCUGCGUGAAGAGAGCUCCCAAGAAGCUUCCCGCGUCACUCAGGAGCUGAAGCGGCUUGGCCUCAAGGCCGUCAUCAAGUCCCUGAACUGGAGGGAGCAUAGGUGGCAUGGCAUUGAACCAACUACCUUGCCUAACGUCGAAAGUGUUGCUCGCACUAUGCGGUAUCAAGCUCUGGGGUCUACUUGUAGAUAUCUCCAGGCCCCUAGCCUCUUUUUCGCGCAUCAUCAGGAUGAUCAGUACGAAACGGUCUUGAUGCGGCUGCUCGCCGGUCAUGGAUACCGAGGCCUCCGAGGCAUACGGCAAGCCAAUGCAAUUCCAGAGUGUUACGAGUUGCAUAGCGUCUACAAGAGUGGCCUCCUCGAUGACCAGAAACAAAAGCACCCUUUCCUAAGCUUCAAACCACCGGCACGCGCCAUGAAGCGGCUGCGAUUCUCUUUGAAAGACGACAAAGCAGCAGAGCCGUGGGAUCAGAUCAAGUCGUAUCUCAGCUUCGAUGAAAAUGCGAGACCAUUUCCCUGGCAUCUGUCCCGAGAUUUUGACCCUAGCGUGCCGUAUCUGACUCCCCUGCAGAGUGAGGACGGUGGUGUUAUGAUAUACCGACCACUCUUGGAGUUUGAUAAGAAUCGGCUUAUUGCGACAUGUGAGGCCAACGGCGUCCAAUGGUUUGAAGAUCGCACCAAUACGGAUCCAACACUCACAACCCGUAAUGCCAUCCGGCAACUCACAAGAGCCCACACAUUGCCCAAGGCUCUACAGAAACCCUCCAUCCUGGCACUAGCUCAUCGAUCGAGACGAAGGGCACAGCUGGAAGAGGCUGAAGCCCACAGACUAUUGGUUCGAGAAGGAGUCAUCAAGGAUUUCGAUCCAAACGCGGGUACUUUACUCGUGGACGUAUCCACAAUUUGGAGCGAAAAGCCUCGUCAAAUGAGGCGGCCGUUUGCUCAGGCCAGAGAAGAAGCACGCAGGCGCUCCCGUCGGCUGAUGGCCACCAUGGCAAUUCGCAAGCUCAUUGCAUUUGUAACCCCAGAGCUCCAUCUGCCGCCUCUCGCCAAUCUGGACAAUGCUGUAGACCGGCUCUUCCCAGAUUUGUCAGAGACGGUCGACGCCGUGCCAAUAGCGCCGCCAAAAGCCUUCUCUAUUGCAGGCGUGCUCUUUGAACCUGUGUCCAAGAUGAAUUCAGCAUCGUGGCUCCUGUCGAGAGCACCAUAUUCUUCGAGGCAGCCGUUACCUGAGCGGAAAUUGCCCGGUUACCUCAACUAUCGAGCAGGUGUCCUCAAGUUGGAAGCCGAUGGCGAUCAUCCAAGCCGAUACCGUCAUUGGCGUGGGUGGAAAACCGCCAAAUUGUGGGAUGGACGCUUCUGGAUAAGAGUGAGCGCCUGUGUCGCCGCAAAGUUCCACGUGCUUCCUUUUCUACCCUCUUACGCAAAGCCAUUUCGAAUGGCCCUGCCUCCGAGGGAGCGCGCCAACUUGGAAAAAGUUCUCAAACACUAUGCACCAGGCAAGGUGCGGUACUCGUUGCCCGCCCUCUACAGCGUUGAAGAGUCUGGCCAAGGGGAAAACCCGGAGCCAAUUCUGACAUUGCUGGCACUGCCGACUUUGGGAAUUCACGUUCCCGGCCUUGAGAGGAAAGCAGAAGCAGAAUGUCGGUCCUGGGCCGUCCCCGUCUCCCACCCAGAAAGCAGAGUAUUCUGCAUACUCGAGGAAUACGGAAGAGUAGCCAAGCAAAGCAAGCUCUCGGCGCAUGGAAAUUCACGGCGAGUCAAUGAUAUAGAAUCUCACUACAUCAGCAGUGAGACUUAG